UACAACCUAAGUCCCCCCACUCGCUUACCUUAAUAACAUCAAAAACCCAUGACAAAACUAGCUAUACCCAUCUCCUAUGCCACAUUAGUCAGCCAAAUAGAUAGGCUCAUAAGUCUUAGCCACCCAAAUAUCUCCAACACUUUCCUUCUUCACACAAUGGACUAAAUGUUAGCCACCGGCGACUACCCCACCCACCCAAUCCGGCAACCGGAUCCAAUCCAAGCCGACACAACACCAACACCAAGAGUCCUCACCAUAAUUUCCUCGGUUUUAGAAAAGUUAGUGGCCCGAAACGACAAGCUCGUUGAGGUCCUAACCGAGCAGCCAGAUGGAUUGAACUUGGACCGCAAUGGUACCAUCUCUGCUCCUCUUGGUAAAAGCUUGAACGCGUUUCAUGGCGUUAGGGCUCCAAAUAUAAGCAUACCAAACUACUUGGAGAGGAUCUAUAAGUACACAAACUGCAGCCCUUCAUGCUUUGUGUUGGGAUACGUUUAUAUAGACAGAUUGGCCCAUAAGCAUCCCGAUUCACUCCUCAUAUCCUUGAACGUGCACCGAUUGCUAGUCACCUGUGUCAUGGUUGCUUCUAAGGUUCUUGAUGAUGUGCACUAUAACAAUGCGUUCUAUGCUCGGGUAGGAGGAGUGAGCAAUGCUGAGCUGAACAGGCUAGAAUUAGAACUGCUUUUCCUUUUGGAUUUUGGAGUGGCGGUGAGCUCACAGGUUUUUGAGACCUAUUGUUUCCACUUGGAACAGGAGAUGUUAAUUAAUGGCGUUGAUCAGAAAGUUGAAAGGGUGAUAAGCCCCGUUGCUGUUGAUGAGAUUGUGACUGACAUCGGUUGAUUGUUUCGCCGUCUCUCAAGCCAUGGGAUUGGCCCCGAGUUCCUCUCUCUCUCUCUCUCUCUCUCUCGUCUUAAAAUGGGGUCUCAUUAUUAUUAACUUUGUUUUUUUAACCAAAAAAAGGAAAUAGAGAAAAGGAAAAAGAGUACAAUGGCUUUCAUUUAUUGUUUGUUAUUGACUAUCGAACUAUUGUUUGGAACUAUUUAUGCCUAAGCUUUUGUAAUGUGAUCAAAUUUAGUCAUUACUUGAAUUAUUUAUCAAAAUUUAAAAUUUUAAUUUUGGUUUAA